AUGGAGGCUGCCCCGCGUCCAUUUGUGCCGAAUCCGAUAAACCUGGAAUUCAAGAAGGGUGAGGGAAAGGUUCAAGCACCUAUUAUUGGACUUGAAACAAAGCCAGUUGGAGCAAAUGGUCAUUUAUCAGUCGCCGUUGGUUGUUCUACCCUAAACCCCGAAGCAGCAGAAUGGGAUCAGCCUUCGCUAGGAAUUAACAGGAAUGAACGUUCUAACGAAACCUCAAGUGGUAAUGAGAGGUUGUAUUACCUUGAACAGUUUACUAGUGGUGAUGUUAAAGAACUAGUUCGAUCGUGCCAUCACCUUCCACCUGAAAGGGCUUAUCAGGAAGCCCGAUGGCUGAUAGAAAAGAAAUUUGGCGACGAUUAUCACAUUGUGACUGGCUAUGAAACCAAGGCCUUAAACUGGCCUGAAGUGAGAGCUGAGGACACUGCCGCUCUGGACAGGAUCUUCACCUUUCUCAUGAGAUGCAAAAACGCUAUGAAAUGCAGCAAAUACCGGACCAAGCUCGAGCAGCCUGACACCAUACAAAAGCUCUUCAUGAAGUUGCCAUUCAAUUUACGAACAACGUGGCGCCGUUUAGCCGAUAACGUAAUGGAAACUGAGAGAAGAUCUGUUACGUUCAGCGAUCUUGCCGAAUUCGUAGACAAUGAAGCAAGGGUAAUCGCCAAUCUCGUAUUCGGAAAGAAUACUGAAGACACAAAGCCCAAGAAUGAACGGAAGGAUAAGCAGAAUAGAUCUGGUAGAGGUAAAACAAGUCUUGCUACGCAAGUAGGCGAUCUGCAGAGCCCACCUCCUUGUGCGCCACCCUGUGGAUCAACUCCUCCCACUGAGGACGUCUUAUGUUCCUUCUGCAAUUCUGGGCACGCCCUUACCGCCUGCGAGGCCCUUAGACGCCUCCCGUAUCCAGAAGGGAUUCGGUUCUUGAAAUUAAAGCGCCUCUGUUUUGGUUGUUUGUCCUCCAAUCAUAUGUUAAAGGAAUGCCCGGAAAAGAAAACAUGUACGGUUGCCAACUGCACGAGGAAACAUCCAACAAUUCUUCAUGCGCCAAGGAUUCGACCAUCUGGCAUUCCUUCCGCUAGUACCUCGCCAUAG